AUGGAUACUUCGCUUAAAUCAAACGCAGGUUUUGUAAAACGACGCUCAUUAACAACCAAGAGCAAGAAGAUCGAUCUUACGGGCCAUUUACAUUGUGAUGUUUUCAAUCAAGAAAGAUUUUUGAUAAAUGGUGUCGAAAUGCGUUUGCGGAUGGUGCGUUCAAGAGAUACUUUUUGUCUUAUAGAUCAAACCGAUCAAAAAUUCGAGGUUCAUAUAUUAGAUGCCACACUUCUUGUCAGGCGUUCAAAGAUUUCACCGGGUAUAUUAGCGCACGCUAAAGCUCUUGCAAAAACCACAGCAAAGUAUCCGCUUACGAGGGUCGAGGUGAAAUCUAUAUCUAUACACAGUGGUAUAUACGGUGAAACACUUGACAAUGUGAUACUCGGUCAAAUACCGAAGCGUUUAAUAAUCGGAUUUGUCGAUAAUAGAGCAUUCAAUGGGAAUCGCACACUCAAUCCUUUUAAUUUUCACCAUUACAAAAUUAAUUUUUUAUCUCUAUACGUGGACGGCACACAAAUACCUAGUAAGCCGUUACAACCCGAUUUUACAAAGGAUAAGCUGUAUAUGGACGCCUUUCAUACACUCUUUUCCGGAACAGGAAUUCAUUUUUUAAAUGAGGGAAACUCUAUUUCUCGUGAGAAUUAUCCAGAUGGGUAUUGUCUUUUUGCAUUUGAUCUUACACCGGAUCUUUCAGCAAAUAACAAUACACAUUGGAAUUUAAUGAAACAUGGUAACGUUAGAAUCGAGGUUCGUUUCGAAGAAGCGUUACAAAACACGAUAAAUUGUAUCGUUUAUGGCGAAUACGAUAAUAUUUUGGAGAUCGACGCCUCAAGACAAGUAAUUGUAGACUACGGUUGUUAA